AGAUAGUGUUCUAAAACAAUCUUCCAUCUACGUUUCCAUUCACCGUGUGCCUGCGCAUUCGCUUCGAAAUUCAGCUUUGUGACACUACGGUUUUUAGCUUGUGUUUCUUGACUAAACCGGAAAACUGCAUACAAAGAUGACAAAGGGAUUGAUAAUUCAUACUGGUAAUAUUUUACAGCUGCCAGAUUUGAAAAGAAAACCAGGCCACACACCUGCUGAUGAGCUGUAUGAUGCCUUGAAAAUUCAACUGUGUAAAGCACCAACUAAUGGGAAUGCUGAGAUUCUUGCUCCGUUGGAACUGUCAUCUCUUCUAGUCCCUGAUGAACGCAAUUCACAAAAAAUUACUGUAAAAUUAUUUCUUUCAUCUCCUCAACCAGAAUUGAUCAAAACAGCCUUGACAGCAGCUUUGAAUGACCUUGGAUCAACUUGUGCUGAUCUGUUCAUAAUCUCUUGGCCUGCUGGUAUCAGCAAAGAGGAUGGCAUCACAUUGUGGAAUGCUAUGGAGACAGUGGUUGAUCAGGAACUAGCAUAUUCUUUAGGAAUUAGUGAUGUUGACACACAAGCGUUUGUUGAACUUCACAACUCUUCUCGAAUUAAACCUGAGGCUAUUCAGAUAAACCUUGAAAGCUGUUGUGUAGUACCUCCUGAAUUAGUUACCUUCACAAGAGAGAAUAACAUCCAACUAUUGACCCACAAUGAUCCACAGAAUAUCUUACCAGCUGAAACUUUGAAGACAGUUGUCCCAUCUCUUCAAGAAGUAAUCUGGACUGUGAGGUAUCAAACAUUGCUUCGUUGUAGAGGCAUUAUAAAAAACAAAGGAUAUGUUGUCAGCACCUACACUGCCUAAAGGGAAUUUGAAGUAGUUUUGUUAUAUUCUUUUGUAAGUGAGCUUGUUCUUGCUAUUUUGCAUCAGAAUUUUAGUACUUUAUGUUUAAUCAUCGCAUUUAUAUGUAUACUUAUUAUUAAAAUGAAUAAUUUGCAUGUUAAA